AGUUACGCCGCGCCCCUCGCGACGAGCGCGUUGCCUCCGGAUGGACCUCUGCGCCGGUCUGUUUUUGCGAUCGGUAUAACACUGCUCGUAUACUCGGUUCGCGCGCGUACUUAUAAUACCGGUGUGUAUGGACCGCCGUGUUGAUGUGCUUUCUCGUCAUAGAGUGCAAGUGCGAACUGGUGAUUGCGAGUUUGUGGGUUAAUAGUAUACGCUUGUCGGAGAGUUUCGUGAGAGGUUAUAUAUGUUAUACUGUACCGAGAGAAAAGUCUCUUCGCGGGUUUUGUAAUAGGUUGGUAUCUGUAUUAGAACACCAAUAUGAAGACAGUCGUUGAGUCGAUAAUCGCGGUAGUGUUGUUGCUGACGUACUUUACGUGUGGAGUAACGAAAACGGUAUUGGAUGAACUAACCUCGUUCUCCGUCAUCUGGCAAAAGUGCUCGAUCGUUGCAUAAGUAUAGUUUGAGAAAAAAAGCCAAGUGUCGGUUGGCGUUUACCAACAGUCCGAUCGUUGGAAACGAUCUGGUGGGACCCAGUGAGUGGGUAGUGCUGAGAGAUGAUGUGUGGACUUUUUCUAGGAUAAUCGUAUAUAGGAGUGAUCCCUGGCAUUGGAGCGUCGGGGACAGCGAGGGACGGCCCGGAGCUAUCGCGGCGUCCUCGCGGAGUCUUAUAAGUGAUUACAGGUGAGCGCGACAAAGGAUGUGUUUCGCUGCGCGCGACGAUCGAGUUACAUAUGUCCCGGAACGCGGAAGCUGAUACAGUUACCAUCCAAGGAACAAACUUCUGGAAACAUUGACGACCACGAUCAGAAGGUCAAGUUUUCCAUCUUGCAAAACGACUCCACGGGGCUGGAUAUCGAUCGGCAAUAAUUCUCUCGAUGCUGUCGCACGACCUGGCCGCCUACAAGUAUCGACGUCGAUCACCUCGCGUGCAAGCUCUGCAUCACCGAUGAAGGACGAGGAUGAAAGCACGGCAUCGAAUUUUUUGAUUUAAUGACACCGGUGUCGCCAGUGUUGCUGGCUACGAGCUCGAUCUCGAUGACUUCAACGAUUCCGCAAGUCCGGGAGUGGGGCUAGAGAGAGUGAGAAGGGCGCGGUCGAGGAGGCCGCGGGUCGCUACCGAGAGGCAGCAGCCAUGUGGCUACUGAUGUAUGGCUGCCUCGCUCUACUAUCGGCAACACAAUCGCAAACAGAUUUAUCCACUACCACAACCAUGAUGACGACGAUGACGACGACGACGACGACAGUUAAAGUGACGACGAAAAAGAGCGUAACACCGAAACGCAUUGGUGGAACGGACUCUCCAAUGCUCAAUUAUAUAUUUGAUUCGCACAGCAGUCAUAAUAAACAUCAGCACUAUCACGAUCAUCGCUGGGGUCCGCACUUUGAAGGCAAAAGUACGAACAUAACGGCUCAAGCUGGGGCUAACGUUACGCUCGACUGCCGAAUAUCACUCUUACAGGAUAAAACCGUGUCUUGGGUGAGACGGCAAGACAACGGCGAGAAGAUGAACUUGUUAACCGUAGGACAACAGACGUACACCGGUGAUUCGAGGUACACCGUCGAGUUUCAGUAUCCGGACAACUGGCGCCUUCAAAUCAAGAACGUCAACAGCAGUGAUGAGGGCCAAUACGAAUGCCAGAUCAGCACCCAUCCGCCCAAAUUCAUUCACGUUAAUCUGCACAUCAAUGCGCCCUCGGUGAGGAUAAUAGACGCCAUGGGGGAGCCAUUGCGGGACAAAUACUACGAGGCCGACAGUACCAUAGAGCUGCUCUGCGUUGUGCGUCAUAUAGCAAUGCAAAUGCAGUACAGCGUCGUCCAGUGGCUCCAUGGAAACCGGACGCUGAAUUACGACACCACCAGAGGAGGAAUUAGCGUCAAAACGAACCUAAUGGAAGAGGGGGCCAACUCUACCCUGAGCAUAGCGAGGGUCGGACCAGCGGACAGCGGGAAUUACACGUGCGCCCUGACGACAAUGCCCGACCAGCCAGCUACCGUACACGUACACGUUUUAAAUGGAGAAAGCCUAGCCGAGCUGCAUCACGGCAGAGGAUCCAGCCUGAAUCAUCCACGACUGGAGGUGAGCGGCAACUCGACCUUGUUGCUGCUCCUUGGUUUCCUCCUCGCCUGGAACCUCGUGCCGAGAUGAAGAACCGCCAGGCGGUGACGCGACCAGCGUCCAGACACGAUUACUCGAUCGCCAUCGCGGCGCAGACAGCGCAUAGAAGAAAGCUGCUGUACAGCAGCAGCCCAGAGAAGAAGGAAGGCCGACACAAUGCGCGAACGCGAAUUUUUUUACGAGCACAAGAGGAAGUGUCAAAGAAACGUGUUUUGAGCGUAUUGUCUUUCCCGAGAGACUUUUCUAUAAGUAUGAAACUAUAAGUAUGGAGGGGAAAGUACGGCGUUACCGGUCGUUAAAAAGAUUGGGAUCUUCGGGUAAAAAUGAUGCAGACACAACUUAUAGUGUAGAGAGACGUAUAAUUUGAUACACUUGUACGAGUAUAAGCUAGUGCAUUUACGUUCGACGAUAAGCAGAAGGCACGAGUGCGUAUAAAGGGAGUCCGAUGUCGCGAGAUUCUUUGGAAUGUUUGAGGUAGUCUCAAAUGCGUGUAGAACUUUUUAUUUGUUUAUAAAGAGAACGUUGAGGUUUGCUUUCAUACAGAAGUGUUUCGAAUCUCGAUAGUAGUUAUGCAGCCCACACUUGAAAUUAGCUGUUGAUCCCAAUUUUUACGCUGUAUAGCGCAAAACAUUGUCGAUAAAAUACUCUGUAUGGCGUGAAGAUAAAUCGAGUGGACGCUUCCAUAUAUAUAAACUUAUAUAAAUAUUAUACAUGUAUAUACAUUUAACACACGCGCGCAUGCGAUCCAAUGGCAAGCCGCUUUGUGUCGAAGUCGGCAGCAGACCUUGAAAACUGCUGUGAAAAUUAUCAGUGUAAAAGUAUGACGUUGUUUCGUUGACGGAUACUCUAUAUAUAAUCUGCGCGCAUACACAAAGCACAUUGAAGGGAAAAACUCCCAGACAGAGGGCGAACACGUCAAGCUCAUUCGAUUGCCAUUCAUUUGGUCUAUAUUUUUCAUUUCAAACUUUUUCUCGUUGAAGCGCGGAAUAGAAGUAUGAUAAGCUUAAAAUAGCGUUUCGAAGACAUUAUGGUUCAUGUUUGUCUCUCAUACACAAUGAAUGCCUGUAUAUUGAUUCAUGUUUAUUUUAUGCAAUAGGAUUGAUUUUGCUAUUCACGAAAGUACAACUUUUACGGGAUUAAUUUGUAACUUCCGGUAGCUUGACUCCACACUAAAUUUGUUGAUCAUAACGAAGGAUAAUUUAUGUGGUUACAUUAAUUCUUCAUACAAAAAGUAUGGAGGAUUCAGGCAGGGCAUUCUUGGACAAAAGAGUUAUCGUAGUUCAUUGUCAAGAAUCCGAAGAACCUUGUAAAUAAAUCUUGAACGAGAGCUCCAAUAUUGACAGGGAUCUACUUUGCUUCUUUGCGCUAAAAGAAGAGGCCGCGAGGAAGAUAGAGAAGGUGCGUAAGCGCUGUGAAAAGAAAACCAUUUUGUCUUCUCGUCGAACUGAAACACACGGGAAUCUUUGUGUCUUUCCUGUCUAUCUCCCUCUCCUCGCCGUCUUUCUCUCUCUUUUUCGCGCGCACAUGAUUGUGUACGCCCAUCUCGUGGCCACAAAGCUCUUGAGAAUAAAAGAGAAAAGCGCUUCUCGGCAACGCCAACGACUCUGCCCUUAAUUCACGGAUGCUUAAUGGAUUCUUUCGGGUUGACUCCUGAUGGAAUUACUGGGCAAGAACUAUCGAAUGAUUGUUGGCUUGAAAUAACAAUGUUGGAUGGAUACUUUGUAUAGGUUUAUUCUCAAUUAUAAAAACUGUGAACAUACAUUAUCUGUUUUUCUAUAUUCUAUUUUAUUAUUCGAGACCGUUAUACAAUAUAAUCUAUGAUUGAGAAAUUAAAUUUUAAUAUUCUUUAUUGAUUCACUUUAACUGAAAACAAAUUAUUUAAUAUCCUUCAUCUUAUAAAAUGAACCAAAAAACUGCAAAGAACAUAAGGUCUUCGAAACGUAUAAAAUUUCGUAUGAGCGAAGAAAAAUAUUAAUAACAAAGUUGAAAAAACGAAAAAAUAAAUGAUUCCAUAAAAAAACAGACUUGAUUUCAUAUCGUGCAUUCCCACGUAAUAAUUGCAAUACUAAUUAACGAAACUUUAUGAAAUUGUACUAUUCUACUGUAUAUUUUAAAACGCUUUUGUUGAUAGUAUAUUAUCAAAAAUUGAACAUCACAAGUUAAAAGAUCCAGCUUUAAGCGUCACAAUAAUCGACAUUGAUAUUAAAAUAUUUAUCAAUAUAAAUAAGAAAAAAAAUCCUAUCAAUUAUUAGUGUAAAAAGUGUAAAUAUUAUAUGCAAUAUGUUAAUAUAAGUAAGAAUCGUGUUUUUAAAAGCAAGGAAAAAUUGUACGUCUAGAAAAACGAAUGUACUUUAGAUUUUUCAUUACAUGAACACACACAUUGGUUAGAGAUUAUGAAAGAAAAUUUAAAAUGUAAGAAAAGGAACGAGUAAGGCUUUAAAUUGGUUUAUCGUUUUAUUUAAAUGUAAAUAAGUUUCACGAGAGAGCAAAGUGUAUGGCACUUUAGAAUUUUCACAUGAUCUUCUGACUCUUUUAUGAACAAAAGGGACCAGCGGUCGCGACGCAAUGUUUAUCUUUAGUUUACCCAACUUGAUAUGCAAAUAAACUCUCGAUUUCGAUUUAUAUACACUGCUGCCAUAGAAAAAUACGAAUGAUCUUUUAAUUACACCACAAUAGAACUUUCAAAAUAUUUUGAAAAAUCCAUAUUUAUUGUUUGUUUAAACGUUUAAUCAAAUGUGUAUGUUUAACGAUGUAUUAAUUAAAAUCAUUAUUUUGUGUUGGUCCAUAAGUAAUACAAAGUUUAUAUUACAAUUAUAGCUCAUAUGUAUCGAUCAGAAUCUAUGUGAAAAUCUUAUAAAUAUAUUAAAUCAUUUUAUGAGGUAACAUAUUAUAAUAUAUAGUAUAAACUUUUUUGCGUAUCCAACUACCUAUAUCAAAAGAAAUCGUACUGUUGGAAAUAGUAAGUUUGUUUCUUAUUCUACAACUAAAUAUUCCAUCUGACCGAUAAUUUAAUAAUCGUCAAUAGUUUAAAACGUUCAAGAAUUAUUUAAACUUUUAAGAACAAUUAGUCAAAAAUUAUUUUCAUCUGUUAAUUAAUGAUGAUCAUAUCAAUAACAGACUUAGGAAUAUUACCUAUAUUCAAGAUGAAAAAAUUAUGUCUAAUUUUCCACAUAAUCCGCGUAGUUUGUCCCUACGUGUUCAUAAUUGGCCAAUAAGAUUUCAAACUAAGCUCAAAUUGAUUAAUACGCAUUUAUAUUUGUAUGCAAUGGUAAGGAUAUAAUAACAAUUGAGUGAGAGUUGAAAAUCUUCCGUCCGGAAGUUGAGCGAAUGACUUUAGGUAAGCAUAUUAUAUGAUAACCCUGUAAAACCUAAAAAGCAAACGCUGUAAUUUAGUUAAUUUUAUGAGUUAAAAACAAAAUUAUAUAUGAUAAUAAUCCCAUUUAUAAAAAAAUUAAAUUAAAAAAUACAGAGAAUAUUUUGAAUUUUGAUUGGCAAAUAUUGACUGAAAUAUUGACUUGUAUAAAAUUCAUGUGAUGAAUGAAAAAUAUAUUAAAUAAACCAUUGUUUAUUUAAAGAAAA